UUUCCCUGCACACAGCUGUUUGACUAUUAACAGCGGUCAUGCUUAUUUUUCGACAGAUUGACACAUUACGAAUAGACUGUAUAUCAGCCUAAAUGAGCGUUUUGUGGGAGGAACACGCGGUUUGUAGGAGAGCAGCGUGAUGGAGGAGAGAUAGAGAUCUGAUAGCCACUCCUGCUGUCACCUACACACUGAGUGUACACUAUCACUACUCGCACAGUGGAUGGGAUGCAUGGGCUGUGACCUCCUCUUCAUGCAUAUAGAUCCUCCUCCUAACCAGGAGCAGCAAGUUGUCCAGAGAAAGGUGAACGGCCCUGUCCCAUGCUGUUGUUCUCAGAUCAGAUGGAUGCCAGUGUGCCACCCCCUGCCUCAAUUUACUCCAGAUUUAGUCUGGUGUGUUUUUGAGUGGUGGCUGUGUUAGAGAUGUAUUCGCCACAGAGGAAGGACUUCGUCUCUCUGAUGCUGGGAGACCAACACAGCCGCAGCUACACCAACGGCAAGCACCGGAGACAGUCCUGCUGGAGGAAAUGGAAGCAGCUGUCUCGGCUUCAGCGCAGUCUGAUUCUUUUCCUGCUGGCCUUCCUGUUCAUCUGUGGGAUUCUUUCCUAUCCCAGCCUGACGGAGCAAUGGAGAGGACUCUCUGAUAGAUCAUUGAAGGAGGACUGGGUUGAAAUGGAUAACCGAGGUCUCAGGCCCAUUCCUCCUGGCCUCAUCCCAAAGAUCCUGCCAGGAGUUGUCCUGGGGGUCCAGGACAUCCCGCCAGAAGUGAUGCCAGAGAUUCAAAGACCAAGCAUUCCAUUACUUCCCAAACCUCCAGCUAUGAGGAAGCCACCUAGCAAGCGUGGUCCUCCAGUCCUACAGAAGCGAGGGAAUGUGUCAGACUGGCAGGUGAGAGAUGGAGAAGAAGCCAUGGUCAGGAGAGAUGAAGACGAAGGGAAAGAAGCAAAAACAGUCAUUAGCUGGCGCGGGGCGAUGAUCGAGGCGGAGCAGGGGACGGAGCUUCAGUCCACCGCCCAUGGAAAAGAAGGAACCGUGGCUGAUGCCGAGGAAGCUGCCAACUUAAAACCAGUCACAGUGAAGGCCGUGGAUCGUGUGGAGGCGGUGCAGGAGGCCUUCAGGCACGCAUGGAAGGGCUAUAAGGCCUUUGCGUGGGGUCAUGAUGAACUGAAGCCCAUAUCUAAGACCCAUGGAGAGUGGUUUGGCCUGGGCCUAACUCUCAUUGAUGCACUGGACACCAUGUGGAUCCUGGGACUGAAAGACGAGUUUGCGGAGGCCAGGAAGUGGGUUGAGACAGAAUUAUCCUUUUCCAAGAAUGUGGAUGUGAAUCUUUUUGAGAGUACCAUCCGUAUAUUGGGGGGUCUCUUGAGCACAUACCACCUGACCGGAGACACUCUCUUCCUGGAUAAAGCUAAAGACAUUGGGUUCAGAUUAAUGCCUGCAUUCAAAACCCCAUCUAAAAUCCCCUACUCUGACGUGAACAUUGGUAAAGGAACCGCUCACCCUCCACGAUGGACCACAGACAGCACAGUCGCAGAGGUGACCAGCAUUCAGCUGGAGUUCAGAGAGCUCAGCCGACUCACACAGGACCCACAGUACCAGAAUGCAGUGGAGGAGGUGACCAGACAGGUUCACCGAUUGGAGGGAAAGCAUGACGGUCUGGUACCCAUGUUCAUCAACACAAACAGUGGGAAAUUCACACGUCGAGGGGCCUUUACGCUGGGGGCCCGUGCGGACAGCUACUACGAGUACCUGCUCAAACAGUGGCUACAGGGUGGCAAGAAAGAGACUGAGCUGCUAGAGGACUAUCUUCAGGCUAUAGAAGGUGUCAAAAAGAAUCUCUUGAGACAGACUUCUCCUAGCAAACUGACCUUCGUUGGGGAGCUGUCCAAUGGCCAUCUCAAUCCCAAAAUGGAUCAUUUGGUGUGUUUUCUUCCUGGCACACUGGCUCUCGGUGCUCACAACGGUCUGCCUGCUGAUCACAUGGACCUGGCUCUGCAGUUGAUGGAGACGUGUCAUCAGAUGUAUGCACAGAUGGAGACGGGCCUGAGCCCAGAGAUCGCUCACUUUAACCUUCAGUCCAACAACGGACGGGACAUCGAUGUGAAGCCUGCAGACAGACACAACUUACUGAGACCGGAGACCGUUGAGAGUCUGUUCUACAUGUACAGAUUCACCAAGGACAGCAAAUACAGGGACUGGGGCUGGGACAUACUGCAAAGUUUCAACAAGUACACCAGAGUCCCCAGCGGGGGCUACACCUCCAUAAGUAAUGUCCGUGACCCCGUGUACCCCUCGCCCAGAGAUAAGAUGGAGAGUUUCUUCCUGGGCGAGACACUGAAGUAUCUGUUCCUCUUGUUCUCUGACGACAACGAGCUGAUCAGUCUGGAUAAGUACGUGUUCAACACCGAGGCCCAUCCGCUGCCCAUAUGGCCCUCCACCUCAUGAGGGUGGAGGCCAGAAUUAUGCUAAUCCUCACUUGAUGUUGGCUUCAACAGGAAAUGAUGCAGGCUUCCAUAAGAAGUGACCCCUCAGAGCUUCUCUGCGGGAAUGUUUCUGCUCUGAACUGAGGUGGCGAGUUCCGCACCAAUCUUUAACUGUGCACUUGAGGUUUAUUUAAAUGCGGUGAGACCCAGAAAGAUUCGGUGGCAGUUUUACACAUUAUGGGUGGUGAAAUACCACAAAUAUUGUUUUCACUUUAUACUUUACAAGACUUCACUUACCUUUGAGCUCAUGGAGCUCCUGCAAAGUGUGACACUCUUGCAUGUUGGACAAGCCCAUUCAGCUGCCGCAGUAUUUAGGUGUUCCAUCUGCCAUAUUUGGGACAGAAACAAUAGUGUCAGAGCGCCGUAAAUCACACGGCAGACUGCUGAAAUCACACACUGUGAAAAAUGCCAAGCACUUGGUAGAAGUGAAGACUUAACACCGUUCUUUCUAUGUGUACAGAUGGAUGCUCUCGAUGUGAGUGGCUCGCCUUUAUUUUUGCAGGCUGUUACAAAAGGACUCUACAUGUCAAUUUCUAAAUGUUUCCCUUUUGUGCGAGUCAGGAUGCAUUAGGUAACAUAUCGAGUACUUUACGGAUCAUCAUCUUGAGAUUUAUUUGGGAACACUCUGGGAUUGUGUAUUUUUCUGUUAUUUAUGUUGAUUUUAGUGUGCGUACUUCAGAGAACGCUAAUGAUUCGAUGUAGUGGAUGCCACCCGGAGCCCUGCUUGAAUCGCUGCGCUUUAGAUUUACUUUAUUACUUACAAAUUUUAAAAGCUGUUGUGCGGCACUGGAUGCUGUGAUUCUACAUUUAGUUGAACUGCGAUCAGAUGUGUAUACAUGUUCAUUUAUUCAUUCAAAUUUCACAGCAAAACUACACUGAAAAUGGAUAAACUGUCUGAUCGACAGUCAAAAUCAUGUGAUAAUAAAGCUACAGAAUUUCCUUGUCAUAUUAGAGCACAGUGGUGAUCUAUAUCCGCAUGCUGCCAUCUGUUUCAAUAUGUUAGAUGAUUGUAAGCAUUAAAUGAAUCAUUCACCCAGCAAUGAAAUGAAAACAUCAUUUACUUAACACAAACCUGAAUUACUUUCUUCCUGGUCAAUUAAUUUCUUCUUUCUAUGUUUCGAGAAAGAACGUCUUACAGGUUUGAAAUGACAUGAGGGUGAAUAAAUCAUCACAGACAUUUCAUUUUUAGCUGACCUGUUACUUUAAGAUUGAUAAACGUAGUCUGAUAUUUGCACAACUUAAUUUCAAUUAAAAAAAACAAUGCUUGGAAACUCCCAAGUACGUAUCACCUGUUGACUUUAUCUGCGCCGUCAAGUGUUUGUUUCUCCUAUCAUCUCAUCUGUCUUUGGUCAAACAGCAGUCAUCCAAUCAUAACAUUCAGGCUUUCAGAAGCUGUCAGACUAGCGCAAAAUAAUCCUUCAUCUGAAACAAUCCAUUUUCAGGGUGAUUGACAUUUGCAUUACUAUAUGUCUGUUCCGUGUCACAUUCCUCUUGCUGCUUCUGGUGAUACGGCGUCAAAAUCUGCAUCGCUUGUGCCUUUCGAUUUAUAGAACACAGAGUGAUUGCAUGAUAAUGAGAGAUUUCUCCCUUAUUGCUUCUCUCGUCUCUUUGCUGCAAUCAGCGAUUUGUGAUUACCGUUUGUGCUCGCGAGCGAGUGUUAAAUGAAGGAGCCCGGAGUGGACACAGAUCUGAUGAGGGUUUGUGAAGGUCAGGUUGUGUUCGAUGUAUUAAUAUCCUACACAGCUGAGCUGUUUUUCAUAAUGGUAAAGAUACAAGCAGGUCUCUGAGGUUGUUGACAUUUGUAAAAUAUAAAGAUACGUAAAAACUUAACUAAAAUAAGUGAAUUGUUAAAACAAUAGUU